GAUAAGCUAUCUAUCUAUACAAAUAGUGACUUUGCUUUCUCUGACAUACCUUAGUCGCUGACAUAUUUAAGUUACGCUACUAGCCAUUUGGACUUAUAUCAUUUACCUGGCGGUUGUGUUGGACAGUUGAGUAAUAUACACCAGCAUCAAAAUGGCCGAGUUAAAAGUGGAUUAUAAUUAUUUAGGUAGAACGGGUCUUCAGGUUUCGAACCUGUGCCUGGGUACCAUGACAUUUGGACAAGCCACUGUUGGACUACCUGGUCAGUGUGAUGAAGAAUUAUCACAUAAGAUAUUAAAUCGAUAUGUGGAAUGGGGAGGUAAUUUUAUAGAUACUGCUGAUGCCUACUCUGGAGGAUUAUCAGAAUCCAUUAUUGGUACUUGGCUUAAACAACAACAAAGGGAUAGAUAUAUUCUGGCCACAAAGGUAUUUUUCUGGAAACAAAGAGAUAAUGUCAAUCGUCAAGGGUUAACAAGACGACAUAUUGUACAAAGUAUUGAGGAAAGUCUAGAAAGAUUACAAACAGAUUAUGUUGAUCUCUAUCAAAUGCAUUGUUGGGAUAAUGCCACGCCCCUCCGGGAAACACUGUUGACGUUUAACGACCUGAUACGUUGUGGUAAAAUACGUCAUGCUGGUUGUAGUAACGUUACGGGAUGGCAGUUACAACAAAUAGUUGAUUUAAACAGAGAACUUGACCUUAAUCCAUUUGUUAGUCUUCAGCAACAAUACAGUCUGGCUACCAGAUAUGAUGAGUUCGAAUCUUUUAGUGUCUGUAAAUUAAAUGGUAUUGCCGUCCUACCAUGGAGUCCUUUAAAAGGCGGAGUACUAUCUGGUAAAUACAAGCGUGGACAAAGACCUGAGUCGGGAUCUGGAAGAAUUGGUUGGGCAGCACAAGAUGCCAAAAGAGGAAACCAAGCUUGUCCAGGCUGGGAUAAACUAGAAGGAAGUGAAAGAAUAUGGAACACAAUUGGCAAGCUGGAGGAUAUCAGUAAAGCUAAAGGUAAAUCAGUUGCCCAGGUGGCAAUACGAUGGUUAUUACAAAGGGAUGUUGUAUCAUCUGUUUUAAUUGGUGCUAGAAAUCUUGAUCAGUUAAACAGCAAUAUGGGUGCCAGUUCCGGUUGGAAGUUAACCAAGGAGGAGAUGCAACAAUUGAACGAAGUUUCUAUGCCGGAAAUACCAUAUCCUUAUGAACAAAUAUGGCGACUGAAUGAAGUCAAAAAGAACCGAUUUGUACCGAGUUAUUUGGUGGGCGAUAUCGUGGAUUAGAAUACGAUAUUUUUAAACAACUCUGUUUUGUAUUGUAAUAAUUCACAGAAUCAAAAUUCAUAUCGAAUGGUUUUAAAUGUUUUGAAAAUAUUUUCUAGUAAAUUAGAAUGAUAAACCUGUCCUGUCAAGACGCGGGUGCCUAAAAUGGUUGCUACUUCUUUGAAGUACGUUUUGGUCCGUAUGGUAGCUACGGUAUCCUCUUACGUCAUAAAUAUUAUAGCAUUUAGAGGGCCAUAGCAUAGAACAGAUUAUGGUCCUCCAAUAUAUAUACAAUUCAAAAUAAAAACGACACUAAUAAACUGUUAUAGUUGUUCUAGAUUUUUCGGAUGCAAGAUACUGGAUAAGUUCAUUCAACUGCCGAUUACGUUCCAUAGAGUUUGUCCUGUAAAUUG